CAAAAAAAAACAUCACACACACAGAACACCAGGGCCAGAGCGUGGUGAACUCGAUCGUCUCUCGUACCAAUUUUAGAGAUGGUAAGCGCACUGCUCUGAUUUUUGUGCCCGUUCCGGAACGGGUUGAGACUGCCAGGAACUCACACACAACCCUCCGAGCAAACCGUGCAUACCUCGCGAACCGCCGUCGGACAGCGGAUUCGAUGUACUUUGCUGCUGCUAUACACAUCCGAAAAGAAGUGUCCGCGGUUGUCCCAGCAACCCCCUUCUUACGAGUUCAGCACAGCCGUGCCAGACAGACGGAGUGUUACGGAGCCAGCAUACAGUGUGUUGCAGAAAUAGUGGCCCAACAUCAAUAAUUGAAAUUCACCUUCCGCCACUGACCGAUUCAUAGCGAGCUGUAGUGCAAACAGUCCAUGGCAUUCGCGUUGCGACGUAACUAGUGAAAGAGAAGAAGACAUCAAGGAGAAACCCAAAAGUUCAUGGACGAUAAUCCAUUUUUGUAAAAGAAGACAGCGAAUUUGAAAAACACCACUGUUCACCAUACACACACAGCUUCUUCGAACACCGCUAGAAGACGACGCAAAUACACGCGUACAAAGGAAAAAGAUACAGGUAGUGUUUGCAAUCGAAGCAUCUCAGUAGGCUCCGGGCGGAACACGGCGCGCAACUGCUAACCAUGAAUCGAGAUUGCCAUGCAUCGUUCGGUGGAGGGCUGUCCAGACUAAAGGGACAGGCAUGGAAAAUAUUUAUCGACAGAUCCGCCAACGGUUCGUCCACGCUGGAUGCGGACGAUGACGACGAUGGUUUAAUGGGUGGCGAGCUGCUUGCGAAGAUGGCGAAAACGUUCGCCGGUGUUUCGGGGCCAAACAAUGGGCCAGCAUAUAGCAAUAGCAGCAACGCGAAACAUGCCGUCACCGCGGUCGAAUCUUUAAUUUCUCGACCACUGACGACGGCCCGGCAGCGGGGAAGUGUAAUGCGCCUUGACAAAGCGGAUAUGGGCCUGUACGGCAUCUGCCCCGAGACGGACCCAUUCUACGCGGUAAUCUGUGAUAUCUGCAACAGUGUGGUCAAACCGCAGGGUUUACAAAAACACAUGACGAACCGACACCAUUCGCUUAUCAACCACACCGCCAAGCUUAACGCCAACGGGAGCAAUAGUGCCGGCACGGUCUCACUGGCAACUGUUGGUGGUAGCAACAGCAAGGGCAGUAAUUCCCUGUCGGAACAGCAGCAUCUAAGCAACAGCUACGCAACGACGGACAAGACUGAAGGCAUGAUUCGCACCGGUAGUGACGCUUCGUCGGGUGGUCGCACGGACAGCAAAGCAAGUUCCUACGGUUCACAGCAGAGCGAUGAUGGAGCAACGACGCUGCACGAACCAUCCUCCAGCGGCUCCGUAGUGCCACCGGUAAAGAUACGGUCGUCGGGCAGUGGAAAGGUGAAGAGUAAAAACGCAAAGAAUGCUUCCACGCACGGGGCCGGAAGUGGUUCGUCCUCCUCCACCUCCUCCAAAUCGUCUGCCGGAUAUGCUGCCAACAGCAACAACAACAACAACAACAACAGUUCCCUUUCGUCCUCGUUUUCGAAAGCAUCCAUCUCGACCGGGAGCGAAGGCAAUGCCGAGUUUGGGCGUGAAUUUCCGGCCGGUGGAGCGAUUGGUAGCAGUGGCGUUCCGCUGGUGCUGAUGAGCAACUGUUCGGGAAUGCUGAAAAGAAGGCAACGUUUGCGAUCGGUAGCAAUCCGAACGUGCCUGGUGUGGAAAGCCAGUGCUUCCGGUGCAGCAGCAACAGCCGCAGCAGGGGUGGCGAAUCAGUCGACGAAAUCAUCCUCGAAGCGUGGCUCCAAACAAGCGUCCUCUUCCUCAUCCAGUUCCUCACCAUCGUCUUCGUCGUCGUCGUCCUCAUCUUCCUCGUCUUCGUCGAGCUCUUCUUCCUCGUCCUCGAGCAGCAGUAGCAGUAGCAGUAGUAGCAGCAGCAGCAGCAGCAGUAGCAGCAGCUCUGCCAAUGUCCCACAGCAGAUCAAAUCGUCCUCUGAGCGGAAGAACGAUACGCGGGCACGCGAGUUCGAUCCGGAUCGACAUUGCGGCGUUGUGACGCCAGACGGUAAACGGCACUGCACGCGUCCGCUCACCUGCAAAUCACACUCCAUAUCGCAGCGCAGAGCAGUGCCGGGCAGGAGUAAAACGUUGGACAAACUGAUAGCGGAAAUGCGCGGACAUGGCAUGGCAGCUGGCAGUGCUUCUUCUUCGACGUUAAAGGACGACGCGGGUCCUGCGGCUGCGUUCCUGGAUAUGAUGGAAACGAACAGCAACAGUUCAUCUGCAGGAUUCGAUGCAGCCACAGGUGAAAGACGUGGCCCUGCGCCAGGAGAGCACCCCGGACGAGGUCCUGCCACUGCGGCGGCAGGAGGCUCUGCCGGUGUUGAUUCGUCGUUAGGCCGUGGGCACGGCACAGCGACGGGCGAAAGUGGUAAAAGUUCGCAUCACUCGUCCUCCGCCGCCUCGUCGUCGCACGGAACGUCCAGUCAAAAGUUACCAUCAAGCGAUCGUUCCAAGCACAAAACAUCAUCCUCAUCCCGCUCUCACAACAGCAGCACGUCGACCGGCAGUUCCCAGUCGAAAUCGUCUGGCGUGGUGCAUCAUCGCACGAGCUCGCUCAAACAUGGGCAAUCGCGCGAAACGUCUGCACAACCGGCGCUACCACCACAACACGCCCAACAGCAGCAAAUGAUGAUGCCGAACAGCAAUGCCGAUAUGCUGGGCGCGCAAUUUCCCAGCGAAGAACAACCGGUCGGAACAACGGGUGCGCACGAUCACACUGCUAUCGUGAUGGACGCCAAUACGAAUCUCCUGAAGCUGUCGGUCGAUGGUGGCGAUGGUACGCAGCAGCAGUACGGCACGACCAAUCUUAUGCAGGCCGACGGGCUAACGGUCACCCUUCCCUUAUCUGUGAUAUCCUCAAUGAAUCUGGCCGGCACCAGCUUGGUUAACAUGGCGCACGGUGGCACACCCGGUGGCGUUGGCGACGUUGGUUCUGGUGCCGUGGUCAGUGCUGGCAAUGCGACAAACGCGAUGCUACCGCCCGGAGUUGUUGAUUGCGGUGGUACGGAGCCACAAGCAACCGCGUUCAUUCCCAACGAGCUGAUCGAUCAGCUACCGCUCGUUGCGUCGAAUGGGAGCGAACUGCACGAUCCUAGCGCUGCUUACCGGUUAACUACCCACGCGCCUACGGGCACGGUUACCGGGCAGAGUGCGAACGGACUACCCGAUCUGAGCAUGCCGCCGUACAGCGAUCAGAUUAAUUACACGCUGCAAACAUUUGCCCACAAUCUGGCCCAGUCGGCCGACGCUGUACAGCAACAGCCGCGUCAACACCUACCCGGUGUGCAACCGCAGCAGACGGAUUUGGUGGACAGCAUCGACGACAUCGUGCCGACCAUAAAUCUUCUGCCGGCGGCGUCAAAUCCGCUAGUCAUACCGCAGCUGCAAGGCGAUCUGGCCGAUUCCAUCAUACUAACGCCCAACCAGCUGUCCAGUCUGUCGCUAGUCGAGCAACACUUUAUCGACAACAUUUCGGGCCUGAAGGCGGUGUCCGAGAUUGAUCCGCUUACCGUAAACGGUCCGGUCGACAUAUCGAAGCUGAUGCUGCUGAAGAAGGUCGACGAAGAGUUCCUUAAGGAAAGGCAGCUACAGAAGCAGCAGCAGCAGCAGCAGCAGCAACAAGCCUUUCCCCACACACCGGAACAGCACGAUGAGGCUCGCGGCGUUAGGAUGUGGUACAGUGCGCUACCGAAACCGCUGCACGUGAACAACUUUCAAUUGCGCCGUCUUGCCGGCGGGUACGUGACGAACCGGAAGCUGCUAACGAUUCGCCGUAACCUGCUGCACGAAACCGUCAGUCUGGAUGGUAAACGAUUGAUGUCACCGAGCGGCACAACCACAUCCGGCACCACACCGCAUUCCCCGCUCGGUGCUAGUGGCACGCGACCGGCUGGCUCACUGAUUGGGGGUCGCACCGGGAAUGAUAUCUUGCUCGCUUCGCUGGCAUCCCCGACCGGAGCUGGCAAAGGUAAGCUUGGAAGCGAUCAGACAGGCAGCAGCAUGAACGGGAGCGGCAUCGGUAGUCCUACCGGUGGAGGCAUCGGUAGCGCCGGUACGGCGUUGAAUCGCAACAACAGCUCAUCCAAUCGUGGUCAGCGUCGCUUAAUACUGACACCCCAGCAGGGCGGCCGGUCGGAAAAGUUGUCCUGUCUGCUCAGCAACGCUUACUUCAAAAAUCUCAUCUCCUCGAUGCAACAAUCGAAAGAGCUGCAACAGCACAACAAUGCUGCUGCUGCUGCUGCUGCAGCUGUUACUGUCGGCAAAGCUACCGACGAGGAUGGCGGUCCCGCUGCCACCAGCAUCAUAACGGCGCCGACAGCGGACCAGCGGACAGCGAUGCAUGCGUUGAAACGGAGUGCAUCAUCGCUCACAGCACUGUCGAACAAAAGGAUGAAGAUUAUCAACAACCUGCACAACUCCACUGCACCUCCGUCGAUUCUGCUGCAGGCAAGUGGUGGUGGUGGUGGUGGGAACGGUGGGAAAAACAAGUCUAAAGUAUUAUAA